UUAUGGGAGUUGAAAUGCAAUUGGUGUGUGUGGUAGUGGCCAUGGUUGCAUGCCUUCCCUUAGUCGCGUAUGCGGACGAGGGGACUGCAACUUUUUAUACACCUCCUUACGUUCCCUCCUCGUGCAACGGGUUAAAAAAUGACGGUGUGAUGAUAGCUGCAGCAAGCAGUGCCAUUUGGGACAACAGAGGUGCUUGUGGAAGAAGGUAUAGAGUGAAAUGUACAGGAGCCACAAACCAAGGUGUGCCAAAACCUUGCAAAGGUAACAGCGUUGUGGUCAAAAUCGUAGAUUUCUGUCCUCCCGGAUGUCGAGGAACCAUCGAUCUCUCUCAAGAAGCCUUUGCUGCAAUUGCUAACCCUGAUGCUGGCAAAAUCAAAAUUGAAUUCACUGAGGUUUGAAGCUAGUUUUCUAAGCCAUUAUAAUGAUGUCAUCCAGAGGCCACUUGCAAUGGAAAAACCAGCAGUGCAUUAGAAGUUUUAUUUUUUUUUUGGCAACUCAGUGCAUUAGAAGUUUGGAACUCCAUGUUUCACAUUUCACAAGCUAGCUGAUGUUACCGUAUGUGUUUACUUCAUUAUUGUUAUUAAAUAAAGUUGGCCCUUAC